AUGACAACAAACAUAAACUUGAUCAAACAUUGUAGGUUCAACACCCCCGUGCAUUUGAACAGAUGGACUGAAGUUGAGAAGUCCAUAAUGGAUAAAGGUACAUAUGAGCUGACCACGCCCGAGCUUACGUAUGGUGCCAAAACUGCCUGGAGAAAUGCAGCAAGAUGUAUUGGCCGAAUUCAGUGGUCAAAAUUACAGGUGUUCGAUGCGAGACAUAUUACAACGGCAAGAGGGAUGUUUGAGGCAAUAUGUAAUCAUAUCAAAUACGGAACAAACAAAGGCAAUAUCAGAUCGGCAAUUACGGUGUUUCCUGCACGUACUGACGGGAAACAUGAUUUCCGAGUGUGGAACCAGCAGUUUAUCAGAUAUGCCGGGUACAAGCAAGAAGAUGGUUCCAUCGUCGGAGAUCCAUCAAAUGUAGAGCUCACCGAGGUAUGUCAGAAACUGGGCUGGAAAGGUAAAGGUACAAGGUUCGAUGUAUUGCCCCUGAUACUACAGGCAAACGGCCAUGACCCAGAAAUGUUUGAGAUACCAGCUGACCUUAUCCUAGAGGUCAAUAUUAAACAUCCAAAGUUUCCGUGGUUUGUUGAAAUGGGUUUGAAAUGGUAUGCCCUCCCAGCUGUCUCUAACAUGGUGUUUGACUGUGGUGGGCUUCAAUUCGUGGCCGCACCCUUUAAUGGAUGGUUUAUGGGGACAGAGAUAGGUGCCAGGGAUUUGUGCGAUCCCUUCAGAUACAACUUGUUAGAGGACAUUGCAAAAAGAAUGGGUUUUGAUACUCGCAAGAGCUCCUCCUUGUGGAAAGACCGCACUCUGGUGGAAAUUAAUAUAGCAGUUUUAUACAGCUAUCAGUCGCAAGGUGUCACAAUCACCGAUCACCACGCAGCUUCGGAAUCGUUUAUGAAGCAUCUUGACAAUGAACAGAAGUUGAGAGGUGGUUGUCCAGCAGAUUGGGUAUGGGUCGUGCCGCCAAUGAGUGCCAGCAUACUGCCUGUGUUCCACCAGGAAAUGUUAUGUUACAAGUUGAAACCCUCACUGGAAUAUCAGACGGAUGCGUGGAAGACCCAUGUCUGGAAGAAAGACAAAGAAAGGACAAGGUCAACGUCUGACAGACCGAGAAGAAAGAUUGGGUUUAGGGAACUUGCAAGGGCCGUAAAGUUUUCUGCUAAAUUGAUGGGAAAAGCUUUGGCAAGAAGGGUGAAGUGUGUGAUUUUGUACGCGACAGAAACAGGCAAAUCAGAGGGAUUUGCAAAAACAUUGUGUCAGCUGUUCAGACAUGCCUUUGAUGCAAAGGUAAUGUGCAUGACAGAAUAUGAUGUUAGUGAACUUGAACAUGAAGCUCUAGUCCUCAUUGUAACAAGUACAUUUGGAAACGGUGAUCCACCUGAAAAUGGCGAGACCUUUGCUAAACACCUGUUUGAAGCCAAACAUCCUGACGUAAAAGACAAGUUAAACAAGCAGACGUCUUACCUACGUAUGAGCGGUGUUUCCUAUGACGAAGAUGACAGCAUGUCCAGUGAUAAAGAUAAUUCAACAUCUGACACUUCAGUAUCAGAAGACAAUCUUACAAUGGAAACUGGGCCCCUUAGUAACGUGAGAUAUUCCGUGUUUGGCCUUGGUUCAAGUGCUUAUCCGAACUUUUGUGCCUUUGCACAUUACGUGGACAAUAUUUUAAAUGAUCUUGGUGCAGAAAAGAUUUACAAGACAAUGGAAGGAGAUGAAUUGUGCGGACAAGAGGAAUCGUUCAAAAACUGGGCUAAAGACGUGUUUCAGGCGGCUUGUGAGACAUUUUGCACAGGAGAUGACCGCGCGAUGCAGGACGCUGCCGGAACGUUGACCACAACUGACCAUUCAUGGAAACCUGACACGUUCCGCGUGACACCAGCUGCUGCCGAGAAGAAAUUCAAUGUCAUUUCAGCAUUGUCAGCAGUACAUAACAAGAAUGUAAUCCCAUGUAAAUUUCUGGAACGGACACAAUUACAAUCAACAGAAUCGGAUCGGCAAACCAUGCUUAUCAAAAUUGACACAACCAAUGGCUCUGGAGAAAUGCUCUACCAGCCAGGUGACCAUGCUGCGAUAUACCCACAAAACUCCGAGAAGUUGGUAGAUGCUAUUCUAAUCCGGCUUCAUAACGCCCCACCUCCUGACCAAUUUAUAAAGAUUGAAGUAUUAACUGAACGAUCUACACCAUUAGGUUCGAUGAAAUCUUGGGAUCCUUUUACAAAGCUUCCAUCAUGUACACUUAGGACUGCUUUUUCAAGAUUCCUUGACAUCACGACGCCUCCAACACAGACGCUGUUAAAGAUAUUCGCCACACAGGCAACCAAAGAGUGUGAUCGAGAAAGUCUAGAAAAUUUAGCAAAUGAUUCCCACAUGUAUGAGGAAUGGAAAUAUGAAUCUUACCCGAACAUUGUACAAGUGUUGGACCAGUUUCCUUCCCUCAGAAUUCCACCAUCACUUUUGUUGACACAACUCCCCUUGUUGACUGCAAGGUUCUACAGUAUCAGUUCAUCAUUGAAGCUAUAUCCAGGAGAAAUACAUGCAACUGUUGCUGUCGUCAAGUACAGAACCCAAGGUAACAAUGGUCCAUUACACGAAGGUGUAUGUUCAAAUUGGCUAAAUAGACUGGAAGUUGGGGAUACAAUUCCAUGCAUUGUUCGACACGCUCCAGCGUUCCACAUGCCGGAUGAUCCGACAGUACCGAUUAUUCUGGUCGGACCUGGAACAGGCAUAGCUCCUUUUAGGAGUUUUUGGCAACAAAGGAAAAUCGACAUGGAAAUGCUUCCUGUCCCCAUACGAGGUACAAGAAAGGGUUGGGGUAAGAUAUACCUUUAUUUUGGAUGUCGUAAUUCUGAUAUGGACGAUAUCUACAAGAACGAGUUGAAGCAGAUGAAGAAUGAAGGUGUUUUAACAGAGGUUAACACUGCUUUAUCAAGAGAGCCAGAUACACCAAAGACAUACGUGCAGACGAUCCUUAAACAAAACACUGUUGAAGUGUUUAACUGUAUAGUGAAGGAAGGAGGACAUUUUUAUGUGUGCGGAGAUGUUAAAAUGGCAUCAGAUGUGACAGCUACUCUAGAGAAGAUACUGUCAACACAAGGGGAUAUGACCAUGCAAGAUGCCAAAAAUUUCAUUAUGAAAUUAAGGGAUAGCAACCGAUUCCACGAGGACAUAUUUGGAGUAACACUGAGAAGUUCUGAAGUGACCGACAGGGCACGUGACCAAGCUAAAAAAGCGUGGAAUUACAUCAACUCGGCUGGUAAAACACGGAUGAGCAUUGAAAAGGAAACAGUAGCACCUAUUCCGUCUGGCGAAACAAAAGCACCAAAGGGAAAGCCCAAGGCCCCUAGAAAAACUAUGUAUAAUCAAGAUUCGUAG